GCAGCCGUUCCGUUCCAGUUCCACCACCCGCGCCUCAUCCACAACCAAACGGGCGCGACAUGUGCUCGACGUUUUCCCUCUGAGACCACGCGGCCAUGGCGCUCGCCUUCCUCCCACCCGCGCCCGCAGUCCACCAUCCGCCGCGCCCCCUCAAUCCCCCGCCGCUCGCGUGCGCCACCAACACCGGCUUCUCUUUCCUUUUCCCACCGUCCUCCCGCUGGCCCUCCCUGCAGAGGGCCAGCUCCGCGGCAGCCGGUGAUGGCGCCGGCUCGUCAGAAGCGCCGGGCGACAGCUCGCUCGACGCAGACCUCCUCAGGAGGGUCUCCGGGGUAGAGGACGCGGACCGAGCGUUGGACAUUAUCGCGGAGUCGCUGGGAGGCGGGGCUGGCUCCGGCUCGAAAGCGUCCCUCGACGCGUCCGACUGCAAUGCGAUAUUAGCGGCGGCGCUUGACCGGGGCAACGUCGACCUCGCGCUCUCCGUCUUCGACGCGAUGCGCUCCGGCCUGGCGCGAGUGGGGCGCUGGAGUUGGGCAAGGCCGGACGCGCGGACCUACGCGUUGCUGGUCCAGCGAUUGGCGGCGGCUCUGCGCGUUUCUGACGCUAUCAGGAUAGUCGACUACGUGUCCCGUGCGGGUGUAUCUUCUGCAGAGGAGUUACUGCAGGUCCCGUUUGGCAUAACUGUUCGCUGUCCAACCUGCAUGGUGGCAAUUGCUGUUGCGCAGCCUCAGCAUGGAACUCAGGUGGUUUCUUGUUCGAAGUGCCGGUACCAAUAUGAACUAUUUUCUGGAGACGUUACAAGCAUCGAGUCAGAAGAAGUGAGCAUGGAUAUUUCAGCUUUUGAGAAGGCCUUGCAAUUUAUAAAUGUGAUGAAAGAUGAUCUUCCAGCUGCCGUUCACUCUAUCGUGAUCCGGACACCCUCAGGAACAGCCCGCACACAUAGAUUUGCUACCAGGACUGUUGAACUGCCUGCUCAAGGAGGAGAAAGAGUGACCAUUUCCUUGGCUGCCCCAGCCAAUGCUUAUCGUCAGAUGGGUCCCCUCAAGAUUGCGGCACGCUCAAAAGGGUUUAGUCCAGGAGAACCCAUGUGCCUCACUAACCAUGUCAGUGGAGAGAUCUCAAAGUUGCUAAGAGUGCCAUCAAAGAAUGCGGGACCAUUGUUUCUUAGUCCUUAUCUAGUUGUCGGUGCUGUUGCUUUGCUUGCUUCUGGAGAUGCUGUUUCUGCAUUCAUUGAUCCAAGUCUCCCUAGACUAAUUACAGCAACUGUCAUUGCAUCGGCUGCUGUAGGAACAACACUAAAUCAAGUGAUCCUGCCAGAGACACGAAAGCUUCCACAAAAGGCGGUAGACAUAGUUGCCGUACAGCAGAAACUCUUAUCUCAAUAUGACAUGCUUCAAAGUCGUCUUAAGGAUCUGAAACGGCUUGUUGAAAAAGAGGUGUGGAUGCUUGCAAGAAUGUGUCAGUUGGAGAACAAGAUAUUAGCAGUAGGCGAACCAUCAUAUCGUGCUCGACGUGGUAGAGUGAAGAGGGUACGGAAAAGCUUGGAAACUACGCUGUUGGCAAAGAUUGAGCUGAUGGAAAGUUACGCAAAAUUAUGUUCUAUGAUUGAAAUUGAAGUUGAAAUGGACUCUGACGUUAUCGUUGCUGAAGCAGCAACCGGUGCAGAAAGAAUAUCAGAACAAAUUGAACAGUUGAUGGAGAUUGACAGUCUUGAAGAGCAAUGGCGUAUACAAGCUGAGGCUAAUGAUGAAGCAGAAAGGCUUCUUGGUUCAGAUUCUUCAGAAGCAUUGUCUGCUGAGCGUGUAUGAUGAAAUUUUGGCUGGGCACAGUGACUUGUGAAGACGAUGAUUCCGAUACAGAAGACAAAUUUAUUGCUGUGUAGAACCAUGUAUUCCCCCAUAACAUCGAAGUGAAUAUUGCAAAGAACUGAGAUCUCUAGCACACACUUGACAGUACAGAUCACGACAAGCUUAUGGAUGGAAGCAAAUGAAAGAUGUUUAUACAGAGACAAAAGAAUGUCAAAACCCUGAAGAGUCAUGAGAUGCUCGAGGCAGUUCAAGGACUGUGGCUUGGUUUUGUUAGUUGCUUUAGCAUGCUCCUUGGAGUUGGCAAAAGAAUCUGAUGCUGGCUUCUAAAUGGCUUCGUGUAACUUUUAUAAUUGUUGUGUUGAACGGUGGGACUGUAACUGUACAUAAGUGCGUAAAUUGAAUUGCAACACAUUUUUGUCAUGCC